AGGACUGUAACAUUGAAUCAGUUACAGGUCGCUUAGCCGGAGCGCAGUAGUGAGGACGGUCGCGGAUGCGGACAGAGGGGCGCACAUAUGCUCUCACAGCGCAGGAUCUCUGAGGAUUACAGCCGCUGCAAAGGACCCUUACUGCGCCUUUUGGAGCGACCGAUUCACUGUGGAUAUACUGACACCAAAGGAAUAUAAAGAGGGGAUUAGGCUACUAAAAGGCCAGGACAUCCAGAGUCAUGGAUGGGCUAAAGACGUUUGUCGUCUUUGGGGGUAUCCUGGUGGUGUUGUCUACAGUUACCUCCGGACUGUCGCCACCAAGAAUUGUGUCCAAUGAAGAAGAGUUCAUCCUGCAGCCCAACUCCGUGUUCAACAUAAGCUGUACCGGUAAAAGAAACGUGGUUUGGGCUGAACCCCUGCCGACAAACUCCCUCGUUUAUCCAGGAUACUACACGGCGACGCUUUACAUUUACAACGCAACUGUUGAAAACACCGCUUUCUACGUGUGCACCUAUGACCCAGAGGGUGAUGAACCGGAACUAAACAAUGAGGCGGAAAUAUAUGUUUUUGUCCCAGAUCCCCUGGCUCCAUUUGUCCCCGAGUCCCCUGAGAACUUGGUGAUCCCCAUGCACGCACUCGGGGUCCCCAUCUCCUGCCGUGUGUCUGACCCCAACUCACAUGUCAUCCUGAGGAGCGUCUCCAGUGGAGAGGAGAUACCGGCCCACUAUGAAAACAAGAUGGGCUUCAUUGGAGAUCUCUCGCCCGGGCAGUACCAGUGUGAAACCACAGUGAACGGCCAGACUAUGAGAAGCGCCAUUUACACUGUGGAGGCUGAAGCCCCUACGGUGAUGGAGGAAUUCGACGUGGAAGUAAAAGCCAGCGAGGAGACGUUGAGAGCGGGACAGCCCUUUAACGUCACAUGCGUCGCCCCGACUGGACAGGGCUUCCUGCAGCAGUGGCUCCAUCCUAAAAAACAGGCUGUGGGUGCAGUCCAGAUGAAACAGACACUUCCUGACCGGGUCAUCUACACCCUCAGCAUCCCACAAGCCACCGCUCAGGAUAGCGGCACCUACGAGUGUUCAGUCACGCACGAAAUCAGCGGAGAGGUCAGAGCCGGCAGCGUGGCCGUCACUGUCUUCGAGGAGAAUUCCUUCGUGGCUCUGGACCACAGCGGGAUUCUAGUGACGGAGUUUGUCAGCCUGUUAGAGGAGACGGAGUUCACCAUCCUCAUCAAUGCCUACCCGGCGCCCAAAGUCACUUGGCUGAAAGACGGCAAAGCCAUGCCACAGAACUACUACACCCUUACCAAAACUAGCCACCUCGAAGGGAAUCGGUAUCAAAGUAUUCUGACAUUACGGCAGCCUCUGGGCAAAGACAGCGGGAACUACAGCAUCACAGCCAUCAGUGGCUCACGCACUGCUCACUUCUCCUUUUCCAUCAAAGUCAAAGCUCCCACUGCAAUGAUGUUCCCACCGUCCUCAGCUCCUGUGCUGCUGCCACAGGUGGAGGAGAUGGUGGUGCCACUUCACACUCCUUUCACCUUGACGUGUCGGGGUGAAGCACAACUAGCCUGGGAGACGCCGCUCGACGUGCAGGAGCAAACGAGGGAGGACAAUAGUGGCCUGUUUGUCACCGUCAUCACCGUGGACAACGCCACCGCAAUGCACUCCGGCUACUACAGCUGCUUCUACAACAGAAACACCACUGAGGAUACAGAGGACAGCAGCAUCUACAUCUACGUGCCAGACCCAGACGUCCCCUUUGUACCAUCACCCGUGCCCUUUGGCAACCACGUCCUGUCUGACCACGAGGAGAUGGAGAUCCAGUGUCGAGUGUCUGAUCCCAGUGCUAACGUGACCCUGGUUAACGUCGACACCCAGGAGCCUGUUCCCAGUGUUUAUGACAGCAAAAGGGGCGCUUUGGGAGUAUUCACUGCCGGAACAUACGUCUGUAAGGCUGUCAUAAACGGAGUAGAACACUACAGCGAGGAAUACAUCGUCCACGGCUGGACAGGUGGUGCUGCGCUGCAUGUUGAGCUGACGGCCAAACGGACUGCUCUGCUGGUGGGAGACACCCUCACAGUCACCUGCGUGGCUCGGGGAUCUGAGAUUCUGGAAGACCAUUGGAAAUACCCUGGAAAACUGUUGAGGACUAACAGUGCUAUCAAAACAGUGCAUGAGAAUAAGAGGGACCAGGAGAUCCUUUACACCCUGACCAUCCCAGAGGCCUCAACCAAAGACAGUGGCAUCUACUCUUGCUCCAUCACUGAUAUUAUUAGUAAUGAGAGCCAGACAAAGGAGAUAGCUAUUCGCGUUUUUGGGGGUGAGUUUAUGUCGGUCCGGCCGGAGUUUGAAGAGUAUGAAUCGGCAGAGCUGGACGAAGUCCGCGAGUUCAGGGCUGAAAUCAGCUCCUUCCCCACCGCUCAUGUCACUUGGCUCAAAGACGGCGUCCUGCUCAGCGACGUGACGGCAGAGAUCUCCACCAGCCUGCGGCAGCUCAGCGAGACCAGCUACAUGAGUGUUCUUACUCUGAUCCGAGCCAAGGAGGAGGACAGCGGGAACUACACCAUGCGAGUAGAGAAUGGAGACAAACGCCGUGAUGUCGGAUUAAUCUUGGAGGUCAAAGUGCCUGCAGUCAUUGUGGACCUGAUGGACAUCCAUCAUGGCUCUGCCACAGGCCAGUCCGUGGUGUGCAUUACAAGAGGACAGCCAACUCCAGUGGUGGAGUGGUUCGUCUGCAAGAACAUCAAACAUUGUGCCAAUGACUCGUCUUCCUGGGUGCCACUCCCCGCAAACUCCACGGAGAUCACAAUGGACUCUCACAUCGACGAGGAGAGCAACCUGGAGAGCCAGGUCAUGUUUGGUCAUCUGGAAAGCACGCUGGCAGUGCGCUGCCUGGCCAGGAACGAGAUGGCUGCUGUUAGCAGGGAGGUCAAACUGGUGUCCAACGGCCCUCACCCUGAGCUGACUGUAGCUGCUGCUGUGCUGGUGCUCCUGGUCAUUGUCAUCAUCUCACUCAUUGUCUUGGUUGUUAUCUGGAAACAGAAACCACGGUACGAGAUCCGCUGGAGGGUCAUAGAGUCUGUGAGCCCAGACGGCCAUGAGUACAUCUACGUGGAUCCCAUGCAGCUCCCCUAUGACUCCAGAUGGGAGUUCCCCCGUGACAGACUUGUGCUCGGUCGUAUCCUGGGCUCCGGAGCCUUUGGGAAGGUAGUAGAGGGCACUGCUUAUGGACUCAGCCGCUCCCAACCUGUCAUGAAGGUGGCAGUAAAGAUGCUGAAACCCACGGCCCGCUCCAGUGAGAAACAAGCCCUGAUGUCUGAACUGAAGAUCAUGACUCAUCUCGGACCGCAUAUCAACAUUGUUAACCUCCUGGGGGCAUGCACCAAGUCAGGCCCUAUCUACAUUAUCACUGAGUACUGCUUCUACGGGGACCUGGUCAACUACCUGCACAAGAAUAGGGAGAACUUCCUCAGCCUAAAGCCGGAGAAGAGUAAAAAAGAGCUGGACAUCUUUGGAAUCAACCCUGCAGAUGAGAGCAGCAGGAGUUAUGUGAUCCUGUCCUUUGAGAGCAAAGGAGACUACAUGGAUAUGAAGCAGGCCGACAACACUCAGUAUGUGCCAAUGCUGGAGAUGAGCGAUGCCUCUAAGUACUCAGACAUCCAGAGGUCUAACUACGAUCAUCCACCCUCGCAGAAAGAGGACGAGAUGGAUGACUUGCUGUCAGACGACAUGGACGAAGGCCUCACCACCACCGAUCUGCUCAGUUUUACCUACCAGGUGGCCAAAGGCAUGGAGUUCCUGGCUUCCAAAAAUUGUGUGCAUCGGGACCUCGCCGCCAGGAACGUCCUCCUCUCUCAGGGCAAGAUAGUGAAGAUCUGUGACUUCGGACUGGCCCGGGACAUCAUGCAUGACAACAACUACGUCUCCAAAGGGAGUACUUUUCUGCCAGUGAAGUGGAUGGCGCCAGAGAGUAUUUUUGACAACAUGUACACCACUCUCAGUGAUGUUUGGUCCUACGGCAUCCUGCUCUGGGAGAUAUUCUCCUUAGGUGGCACUCCGUACCCAGGCAUGGUGGUGGAUUCAAGCUUCUACAACAAGAUCAAGAGUGGAUACAGGAUGUCCAAACCCGAGCAUGCCCCUCAUGACGUGUAUGAGAUGAUGAUGAAGUGCUGGAACAGUGAGCCGGAGAAGAGGCCUUCUUUCCUGGGUCUGAGUGAUACUGUGUCUUCUUUGCUGCCCUCCAGCUACAAGAGGCAUUAUGAGAGGGUGAACCAUGAGUUCCUGAAGAGCGACCACCCCGCAGUGACCAGGGUGUGCAUGGAAAACGACGACGCCUACAUCGGCAUCACCUACAAGAACCAGGGCAAGCUGAAGGACAGGGAAAGCGGCUUCGACGAGCAGCGGCUGAGCUCCGACAGCGGCUACAUCAUUCCUCUCCCCGACCUGGACCCUAUAUCUGAUGAUGAAUAUGGAAAGAGGAACAGACACGGGUCUCAGACGUCAGAGGAGAGCGCCAUCGAGACGGGCUCCAGCAGCUCCACCUUUGCUAAGCGAGAGGGCGAGACUCUGGAGGACAUCACGCUGCUGGACGAGAUGUGUCUGGAUUGUAGUGACCUGGGGGAGGACAGCUUCCUGUGACAACUACCGAGCCUAUAGAGCAGACACAACAAGAAGAAGGGAGGUGCAAGGACACGGGAAACUACAGACAAACUUGUAAAUCAACCAAAGACUCUGGCUGUAGACCCUCAAGCCUCUCCAUUCCUCCUCCUCGUGACCGCCCGUUCAGAGGACAGAAUAAAACCACUUCACUGUCUGGAUGAGUCUGUGGUGACAGUACGGUACGCCCUUUACUUCUCCCAGGACACUGCCCCCUGCUGGGCCGGAGGAGCGAGUGACAACAAGGACUCAAACCACCGAGCCUGUGUGUCGGACCUAUCUCGAAAAAAAAAAAAAGAUAAAAAGAUUUGUCUUUUUAAUUCGCAAAGCUUUAUUCUAUCGGGCAUUCUUUUUAACAGCAAUAUAAGCAAGAAGGGAAGAAUUCAACAGCAACUCACCACAGGAUAUCAUUCACAUGAUAUGUAUUUAACCACUACAGAUGCACUAAACUAAAGGAGUCCAAUACUAGCAACAGUGUUUGCAGGUAAACUCACUUCACACUCACCUGCUGCAAGAGAAGCACCUGAUGCUGGCACAAUCAGUAGCAGAUUUGAAAGCACAAAAUCUGGACUAUGUUUUGUGUAUAUGACCAUUAUACUGUCUUACAUGCGGUAAUUCAAAUCUAUUUUUUUACUUCAGCAUUAUGUAAACAUGUAUUAUUUGUGAAUACCGAGUAGAUGUUGACCAUAGCUGUUUGAAUGGUUAUAAGUAGAGCUUUUCUGAGUUGCACGGAUGUGUGGCGUCUCAACUUUCGCCCAAAUACAACUUAUUGUUCUCAGAUGCCAUCCCUGAUAAAGACUUCAGUCAUAUCUGUCAUAUGGGCUUUGAAAAACAAAAACGAAGUGUGAUUGUAUUGUAAAUAGCUCCAGAGUUGUUUUAUAAGAGAGACUUAUUGGGAUUACAGUAUUUUAUGUAAACACAUGUUAAGCUUCUGCACCCUCAUUCGCCCCCGUGGAGCCACUGCUUUUGACGACAAAGGAAAUAUAAUUUGCCAUCAAAGUGGACAACACAUAGAGACUAUUUGUGGAUUAGAAACAUUCAGAUUUUGUCAUGUUGUUAAUGUAUGAUAUGGAUAGUAAUCUACAGUCAUUGAAAGAAAUAUUAGACCACCCUUGUUUUCUUUAAUGCUUUAUUCAUUUUAAUGCCUGGUACAACUAAAGGUACAUUUGUUUGGACAAAUAUAAUAACAACAAAAAUAGCUCAAAAGAGUUUAAAAAGCAGAUAUCUAGCCAUUUUCCAUGGUUUUCUUGAUAAUGAUUUUGGUUAUUAUCAAGAAAACCACGGAAAAUGGCUAGAUAACAGCUCUUAGAUUAAACUCUUAUGAGGUGUUUUUGUUGUUAUCAUUAUAUUUGCCCAAACAAAUGUACCUUCAGUUGUACCAGGCAUUAAAUGAACAAUAUAUUGCAGAAGAAAGGUUGUGUAAUACUUCUUUCCAUGACUGUAUUUACAGAAAUAGAGAAAUAAAAGGGGUCAAAGAGGAACCCAGUUAAUCAUGUCAGCAAACAUGGCAAUAUAUAUAUAUAUAUAUAUAUAUAUAUAUAUAUAUAUAUAAAGCUUCUCUAGCAGGUUGGCUCCCCCAGUCUCUUAUAUGUAACUGUCUUGAUGUCUUUUAGCAGGUUCUAGUUAAAUUAAGACACUAGAUGGACUAGAGAUUCAUGUGGAUCUGAUGUUAUACAUCAGUUAUGUGUAGACUCUGUGUAUUCCUCUGUAUCUU